AUGAAAGUCCACCUACUUCCAUGUCUCACCGCGCUCCUAGAUCUCAUCGUGGGUGAGGCUCUAUCACCCUAUAUCAACGAGACGUCAGUCGAUUCCUCGAGUCUGGUCAUUGAAGAUGGCCAUAGCCUACUCAAAAGAGCACCCAUCGCGCCGGCCAGCGACUUCCUCUGGCAGACGGCCGGUUGCCGAGGCCAGAAACUUCAGCUCAUGGACACCCUCAAUCCACAGGAGGCCCAGCGAUUUGGUACCCCUUUGAACAGUCCAUGGACUGGCACUCUAGUCAAUGAGCUCGCGCAGUGGGGCUAUUUAGACAACAGCGAGAACCGUGACAUCAAAGACGAGUGCGACUUCACCAUGAAGCCGAUGUUUGAAACCGCACUGAAGGCUCUCGGAAUCAGCGCGAGAAGUGCACCGGAUGGGGGACCUAACAAGUGUUUCUCCUACGUCCACAGAGACAGCCCCGCAGUCCAGCGCUUGCCAAACGGCCAGCUGCCAGCCAGAAACCAACAGCAGUACGUUGCAAAUGGAAGGAGCUACAGAGUCACGGGCGCAUUUCACACCAUCGGUAUCAACGCGCAAGACGGCGUCAUCCACAUGAUCAACCGCCGGUCAGCCCAAUCUGCGGCCAAACAAUUAUGGGGCGUAGCCCAGGCUCCACGAGACCAGCUACCCGCUCUCACUUCGAGUUCAGACAUCGCCUGGGGUCUAUGGGAAAGGAUGAGCCCCGGGAACCUCGCCAACAUCAACUACAUCAUCUCCCACAGGAUCACCAACGAAGAUACACGCGCCAUCAUCACGCGCGCUUUGGAAGGCCGAGAGGCGCGACCUUGGCCCGGAGAGGUAUUUGAAGCUGGCAUGGCUGCGGAAUACUGGACUUUGUUAGGAUCACCGAAUGGAAUUGCCGCAGGAUACCUGCUCGGACAACAUAAACCUCAGUUUGGUCACAACAGAUAUGUGUCGGCUAUACAUGUUUUCCAGGGCGCGCCAGGAAGUCCUUUUAUGGGGGUGCCAGCGUUGCCGUAUCUGUGCUUCGUUGUUAAGAUGGCGCCGUAUCCUCCGCCACCUCCUCCGCAGGAGAUCCAGAUGCGAGACGUUAUACUGGAUGAGCCUAUUACUAUCGAUGAGGAUGAGGAUCGAGUCGUGGAGCGGUCUGAAGACGGGAGGAGCAUUGUGAGAAGUCAUAAAAUCUUUUCGAAGUCGUGAUAGAGAUAGAGAAAGUUGGAAUGAGGAGGGCAAAAGUUCCAUGAUGUUUUCUCG